AUGAGUAUAAAUGUUUAUAAAAAUAAAGUGUUUAACACAAAGGAUGUGGUUGAAGUCAGUAUUAACAAUCGAGUAUUGAAGUUAGAGCCAUCGAGCUUUAAGGAUUGUUUUUACAAACUAAAUGAAAAUAGGAAAAGUAUUGAAGAUUUGGAAAAAAUAUAUAAUACAUAUAGUAUAAGUGAAAAAUGGGAAGUAGAAAAUGAAAAAAUAAUGGAUUCAGAGAAAGAGGAAAAAACUGGGAUUAGUAAUAAUGUAAAUCAUUUAGAAUAUGACAUUGUUGAAUUAAAGUGUUUAUAUUUUUUUUUUCUAAUAAAUAUAUUAAGAUUUAAAAAUACUUUAGACCUAAACUUGAUACGAAAUGUUUGUAACAGUAUUAACAGUAUGCAAGUUUCAAAUACCAAUAGUAAAAUUGUUUAUCUUAAAAAUAAUAACUCUUUAUAUAGUGAAAUAUUAAAAAAUUUUUUAAUUGAAAAUAUACAGAAAAGUGGUAAAUCAGAAUAUAAUAUAAAUGAUUUUAAUACAUUUGUAAAUAAAAAUAUUGAAAGAACAAGCUUAAUGUUUUUAAAUUUUUAUAGAAUAACUUCUUCUUGUAAAUAUUUAACAUGUUGUUUAUGUAAUAUUUUGGAGUUAUUCAAUAUAAAUACAGAUGUAUUAUUUAAAAAUUCAUUUAAUAAUAAUAUUAAUAAUAGUAAUAUUCAAUCAAUAAAUAAUUUGAUAUCAAAAAUAAAAUGGAUGUUACAUGAUUCUAAAAUAGAUAAAGAUAAAGAAAUUUCUAAAAAUUUUGGUCCUAAUUUAUUAUUAUUUUUAUAUACACAAAGUAAAUUAGGUGAUGAUGGAGAAUAUUUUUUAAAUACAAUAAAUCAUAACUUUAAAAAUUUUAUAGAAAAAUCAAAUUAUGAUUCUGUAGAGGAUUUAAAUUCAAUUAGUUCUUAUGUUAAUCUUCUUUGUAAAAAUUUUAAUCAAAAUUUUAAGGAACAUAUUAAAAAUGUGAUAAGUAUUGUUUCCAAAAUUUUGCCUUUAUAUGCUGAAAAAAUGUCUAAAUUUAUUUUAACAAAUGAAUGUAUUGAUAAUGCGCAUGAGAGUUUAAAGGGGCCACCAUUUAGUGGGAUCACUUUUGCAUCUAAUGUAGAUGUAAAUAAUUCAAAAAAAUUUCUAACUGAAUUAUAUGAAAGUGAAUAUUUAAAAAGUAUUGAAAAUAAUAUUGCAAAUAUAGAUGGAUUAUCUGAAUUGGAAGCGUUAAAAAAGCUUUACAUUAUAUUUAAUGAUGUGUUAAUUUUGUUAACCGAUAUAUGUAUAAAUAUGAACAUAAUGUAUGAUAUAAAAUCUUAUAAUAAAGCAUUAUCACAGGUUCUGAAGAAUAAAAAGGUUUCAAGUUGUGUGUAUAAUAUAGGUGCUGGAUGUCUUGAGUUUAAAAAUUUUCUUUACUCAAUUGUUAGUGAAACAUAUGAUACGCCAGAAAUUAAAAAAGAGAACAAACUAUUGGGUGAUAAGCUUUUUUUUAUGUUACGUAAAAAUUUUUCAGCAUAUAAAUAUAAUAAAGAAAUAUCUGAAAUAUUAAUGCAAAAGAAUAUAAACUUUAAUUUAAAGGUUCCAAAAGGAACAAAAGAUUUUACAGGAGAAGAUAUGCAAUUAAGAAAUAUAUUUUUUGAUUUUAUAAAGAAUAAGUUUUUAAUACAUGGGGGAGUUGAAAUUGAUACACCAGUAUUUGAAUUAAAAGAAACACUAAUUGAUAAAUAUGGAGAAGAUUCAAAAUUAAUAUUUGAUUUAAAAGAUCAAGGAGGUGAAAGUUUAUCAUUAAGAUAUGAUUUAACUGUACCAUUAUAUAGAUUUUUUAAUACUAACAAUUUAAAUGCACUUAAAAGAUUUCAUAUAGGUAAAGUAUAUAGAAGAGAUGAACCAAGUAUGAGUAAAGGACGAUUUAGAGAAUUUUAUCAAUGUGAUUUUGAUAUAGUUGGAAAAUAUGAUACAUUAAAAGCUGAUUUUCAUAUAUUACAUAUAUUUUGGGAUAUAUUAACAAAUUUAAAAAAUGUGAUUGGUAAUUUUAUUUGCAAAAUUAAUCAUAGAAAAAUUUUAGAGUUUAUGUUGUUAUCUUCAAAUAUACAUAAAGAUAAAGUAAAAACAGUUUCUAGUAGUAUAGAUAAGUUAGAUAAAAUAACUUUUCAACAAUUUAGAGAUGAAUUAUUAAAUGAAAAAGGUAUAUCUGUUGAUUCAGUAGAUAAAAUUGAGACCUAUAUUUCGAAAACAUUAAGUUUAUCUCCAUUUUUAGUUAUUGAGUUUUUAAGAAAUGAUUUAAAUGAAUCAAGUUUUGAUGAAAAUUAUAAAAAAGACAUUAAUGAUGUUAUAAAUCAUUUAGAACAAAUUUUUGAAUUACUUAAACAUUUUAAUAUGCUAAAUCAAUUUUCUUUUGAUUUAUCAUUAGCUAGAGGUUUAGAUUAUUAUACUGGUAUAAUAUUUGAGUUUGUUCUUUUGUCUGAUACGAGUUUAGGUAGUAUAGGAGCAGGAGGAAGAUAUGAUUAUUUGAUUCGAAAUAAAAGAAAAGAAUAUAUUCCAUCAGUUGGUGCAUCUAUAGGAAUAGAACGAAUUAUUACUAUAGCUGAAGAGGUAGUAAGAAAAAAAAUGGCACAACUUUUAUGUUCUGAAAAUAGUGCAAGUGGUGAUAAUGCAUCAAGCAAUGCAAAUGAUAAAUCGAAAUUGAAUUUAAAAGAUAAUGCCGUUGAAGUACUUAUAUGUAAUACUAAUAAAAAUGCAUUUAAGCAAACUAUUGAAUUAUGUAAAAAAUUAUGGGAGGAAAAUAUAGCAACUGAAUUUGUAUAUUUUAAUGAUCAAAGAUUACAAAAGCAAUUUAGCUAUGCCUUGGAAAAACAAAUACCACUUGUUAUUAUAAUAGGGGAUGAAAUUGAAAGAGGGGUUAUCAAAUUAAGAGAGCUGACUUUAGAUAAAUCAAAAUCUGUUGGUGACAAAGAAAUUAAACUCUCUGAGUGUGUUCAAGAAGUUAAAAAUUAUUUUAAUUGCAAUUUGGCAUGGAAGCAAAACAUUAUGAACAUUUUAUUUGGAACUACCAAAUGA